GGCGUCUGCUCGACGUUGCCAUAUUGUCAUAUUGAAAUUAAACUGCCAGCUGUUGCCACAGCUGACUACGUUUUGUCCCAACAGUUUUCGGAACAAUAGUGUGAUAAAUUCUUAAACAAAAUAGUAUGUUUUUGUUCCGUAUACGGCGUCUGCAGCCAAGUGCCAGCAUUUUAUAUCGAUGUGCAAGCACACUGCCCAGCCCCCAAUCGGAAGGGGGGGAAGUCAGCGCGACUGUAAAGCGGAUUCGUAAGGAGCUGGCCCAGGACAAACAGCAACUGAGCUGGCGUACACCUAUUGGUGACCGUCCAGAGGAUUGGAAUAGUAAAUUGAAACUGUUUUCCAACUCGGAGCAAAACUCCGAUUUCAUAGUCAUGAUGCAGCGGCCCAUUGAUCUCAGCCCUAAGAAUAUGAGAGAAUGGUGGAAUAAACGCCAGGAGCGUAUUGAGCGACACAUGCAACAGUUUGUGCCCGAACGCCAUAAGAUACUUGGUCCCGAGCUGGCCGCCGCUCAUUUUGUAUUAUAUCGCGGUGGUGCUGCCAAGUUCUUAAACGACAAUCGCUGGCAUCGCGCUUCUGAGGACGGCGAGUUUAAUCUUCCCAAUAAAUUCAAUGCAAGCUUCAAACUGGAGGCGCUGCGCUGCGACAACAUGCAGCUAUACUAUGAGGGACUGGAGAAUCUGCGCUGCUUGGAGCACCUAAAGUUUUUAUCCUUUCACAAUGUAAAAACCUUUGACGACUGGUGUUUGGAUCGCAUUACCGGCGCCGAUUAUCCACACCUAGAGGUUUUGGAUAUUUCGAACACUGCCAUAACAGAAAGAGGACUAGCAUGUCUUUAUCGCCUGCCCAAGCUAAAGCUCUUAAUUAUAAACGAUCCCAAGCAGUCGCUCGAAAUGGAAUUAGCCGCUGCUAUGCUGGAACUGGCGAUGCCGCCGCUUAAAGUCAUAGCAGCCGACACCAUACAUGACGAAACAUAACUUUGUAGAAAUAUACUUUAAUAACUUGUCAUAUCAUAUCACAUUAGUUCGUUUGUGGCUUGGUUUUCAUAUAUUCAGCCUUAAUUGCCUCGCGCUCUUCAAGUGGCGGUAGAUAGGGUACUAUUCCUUUGGCUCGACGAUCACUGCGUACCUUGUUCUGCAGAGGAUUGGAUUGGUUGUAGUUGCACAUGAUUUGUGUUGUACAUCAACAUACCCAAAACUCCUUGCAGUUAUUGUAGUUAGCAAAAUAAACUUCACACUUUUCCCGGUCAAA